AUGAACGCACCCCCAAACACCACAAACGACAAGGGAGAAGGAUCCAAGCGUGAAUUACAAGAUCCAGCAUCCGUAAACGUUCACGAUCCAAAGCGUCUGAGAACGUCACACAGUGGGGUCAUUGAAGACACGACCAUGGUUGAUUAUGCAACUGUGGGUACAGCCACAUUAACAAGCGCACAUCGCAUGUUGAGCGAAAUGGAAGAUGUGCAGCACGAAGAACAACCGCCGCAAGACGAAGAGCGGCAAUCACCACAAGAAGAAAAGCAUCCUACACAAGAACAAGAGCAACAACAACAAGAAGAAGAAGGCGUCAUGAUGGCACUUGAUUCACCCAACCUACAAGCAGCACUUGAUGCAUGCAAAAUACUGGUGAUUGGUGCUGGAGGCCUUGGCUGCGAGAUUCUCAAAAACCUUGCACUUACCGGCCUCAAGGAGAUACACGUCAUUGACAUGGACACGAUUGACCUGAGCAAUUUGAACCGGCAGUUUCUCUUCAGACGCAAGGAUGUCGGUCAACCUAAAGCAACGGUCGCUGCAGACUUUGUUAUGCGUCGAAUUCCCGGCGUAAACAUUGUCCCAUACUUUGGAAAGAUUCAAGACAAGGAUGACGAAUAUUACAGUCAAUUCCAGAUGGUUAUUUGUGGAUUGGACUCAAUCGAAGCACGGCGAUGGAUCAAUGCAAAGUUGGUGGAUAUGGUUGACGAAGAAGAUCCACAAAGUCUCAAACCUUUGAUCGAUGGCGGUACUGAAGGAUUCAAGGGCCAGGCACGUGUUAUCUUGCCCACCAUUAGCUCCUGCUACGAGUGCUCACUUGAUAUGUUCAACAAGCCAACUACAUUUCCCAUCUGCACUAUUGCAAACACACCCCGACUCCCUGAGCAUUGCAUUGAAUGGGCUUCGGUGCUUGAAUGGCCUCGCGUGUUUGGCAAGGAGAAGAAGUACGACACGGACAAUCCAGAAGAUAUUAACUGGCUAUAUCGCACUGCUUUGGAACGUGCUGAACAGUUCAACAUCUCGGGCGUUACUUACUCGCUUACACAAGGUGUUGUGAAGAAUAUCAUCCCUGCUAUUGCUUCCACUAACGCCGUUAUUGCGGCUGCAUGCUGCAACGAAGCAUACAAGAUCGCCACAGGAGCACCCUUCCUCGAUAACUACAUGAUGUAUACCGGCAAUGACGGUAUCUAUACCUAUACCUUCCAGCACCAAAAGAAACCCGAGUGCCCAGUGUGUGGACGAAUCGCAUCUUCGGCCAAGCUGGACCGAAACAUGACCUUGGAGGACUUGAUUGAAGCAUUGAAAGAACGUCCGGACGUACAAUUGAAGCAGCCUAGCUUGCGUAGCACCAGCAAAUCCUUGUAUAUGCAAGCACCUCCUGCUCUGGAAGAAGCCACACGGCCUAAUCUUCAGAAGAAGCUGGACGAAUUGAUUGAAGAAGGCGAACAAAUCACUGUGACUGAUGCGGCACUUCCAGUCAGCAUCCAGCUCAAGGUUUCAUGGGAAUAA